AUGACUCAGUUUCGAACGUUAACAAUUUUACUGUUUUACUUGGUUCUGAUUGUUCAGUCGCAACCUCAGUUCAAUCCUAUCAAUGACCUAUUGAUUGGUGAUACAAAUUUGGUUGGUCCAGGAGUUCGUGUUCGAGUCACCUCGUCUGGAACCACUUAUGUAGCCACUAUCGUCGCUAAAGCGUUAACGCCCGAAGUGGCAACCGCCAGAAUGCCGUUCGAGCCAAAACCAGCGGUGAUCCCCUCUCUGCCUACUGUGUCGAUUUCGUCUAUGCAACUGAGACUCUUCCAAAUCCCUGAUACCUUCGAUGUGACACCAAUGUCACCGAAUUUGGUCGCUGUUAACUUAAGGAAUAUGAACCUUAGUGUCGCCGCCUUUGGAUCGGGACAAGUUGACGAUGUUAUGGUGGAAGGACCGCUUGAGAUUCGUACAAAUAGGUUUCAGCUGGAUGUGAGAGUAGAGAUUAAGAGAAAUAGUCGUGGAAAUCCAAGCUUGAAGGUGGAUCUCUGUCGUGUUGCUGCGAAUAUCCCUGUAAUAGUUUCCGUACAGAAUGCGUUGACACCAGAAAGUGGUGGAAAAUUUGCGGAUGCUCUAUCACGUGAUGGUCAUAUCAUAUUCGAAAAUCUCAUUUGCCCACGAAUAAUUUUCUUGGUUGAGAAGAGGAUAAACCAACGUUUUGGACUACUCGCUUCGAGAAUCGCUCUCGGAGAUCUGAACAAUUUUGAUAUGGUGAAAAGUCUGCUCGCUUCACAACAGGAAUUCCGGCGACGAAGCCUUCGACGAAGGCAAUUGGUUGCACGAGAUGUGCCGCUUCAACCGUUAAAGAGGCGUAUGGUAGAAAGACAUGCAAGAGAGCGACGUCAGAAUCGUUUCCACACAUUUUUAAACAAUUUCAAUAUGUCUCGCGCCGAGUCGCUUAUCCUCGAUUACGGUAUGAUGGAUGCUCCGAUGAUCUCAGCACGUGGCAUUGAAAUGGCGACGUCAGGCGAAAUCUCCUCACCGGGAACUCGUACUCCGUUCGGACCACGACCAGUUUCACUCCCACCACCAUCGCCGAAUUUUCUUCUGCAACUAGCCGUUUCCGAUUUCGUGCCGAAUUCACUGAUAAUCGGGCUAUUCAACACGCGUAUCGAUCACAAUACACCUCAAUUUGGGCCGGUGAUGAGGACCACUUGCGAUAUGAAUACUGGAUCGUUGUUUUGCGUGGGCGAUCUUUUCCCAACGCUUAGAGAUUUGCUACCUAAUCGAGCCGUUGCUUUCUUGUUCUCCACCGUUAAAGCGCCCGCUUUUGUGGUUAGACCACCUGAACGAGGCGGAAUUCGCUUUCAGCUCAUGGGUCUCAUAGAAGUUGUAUCGAUCGAAAAUAACGGCGAGACACCUAUUGGUUCCAUGGAAAUUCAUAUAGAUGCAUCCAUGAAGAUGCGAAUGACGUCGCGAGCAGUACGCGGACGAGUUAACCUCGAAACUAUUCGAUUUAUCACUCGCUCACCCCAGUAUCUCGUACAGGAAGAACUAGACGACGCUAGUUUCCUGUCACGUGAGAUUCUUCAACGUAUGGUUAACGAUAUCCUCAAGCAAGGUAUCCCUAUUCCAGUGCAUCCACUGUUCAAACUACAGAAACCAAACUUAAAAUUGGGCGAACGAACCAUGUUACUGGAAACAAACUUCCAACUCAAUCAGAAUCUCAUUCGACAACUUACGGGAGAGAAAUUGGCUUGA